UAUGAGUACUAUAUUAUUAUCAUUAUCUUGAGAGUUGAGAGUUGGGACUUGGAAAUUAGAGUCGACAAUCUUCUUCUAAAUGUUUCUUUAAAUUUAAAUAUUUUAAAGGAAUCAAAGAAAAAUGAGCAGCUCGGAGGAGGUAUCAUGGAUAAGUUGGUUCUGCGGGCUCAGAGGAAAUGAAUACUUCUGCGAGGUGGAUGAAGACUAUAUAAGUGAUAAGUUCAAUUUAACAGGUCUCAAUGAACAUGUUCCACAUUUCAGGCAGGCCUUGGAUAUGAUAUUGGACUUAGAACCAGAUGAUGACUUAGAAGAAAAUCAAAAUCAAUCAGAUUUGGUGGAACAGGCUGCAGAAAUGCUUUAUGGUCUGAUUCAUGCCCGUUACAUUUUAACUAACAGAGGUGUAAGCCAAAUGUUGGAAAAAUUUCAAGCUGGAGAAUUUGGUAGCUGCCCACGUGUUUAUUGUGAAUGCCAACCAAUGCUGCCCAUUGGAUUGUCAGAUGUCCCAGGUGCAGCAAUGGUAAAGCUGUAUUGCCCUCGUUGUAUGGAUGUGUAUACUCCUAAGUCCUCACGUCACCACCGCACAGAUGGAGCUUACUUUGGAACUGGUUUCCCACACAUGGUGUUCAUGGUUCAUCCAGAAUAUCGCCCACAAUGCCCCAGUUCAGAGUUUGUGCCUAGACUAUAUGGGUUUAAAAUCCACCCAUUGGCCUACCAAAUUCAGACGAGAGCUGCUGCCGGACACAAAUCACUUCGAACUCUGGCAUACAACAAUGGAAAACGAUAGGAGCGACCCAGGCCACGACCCCCACCUACGCGACACUAGCAGUUGCUAUAAAUAACGGAUGACCAUUGGUUACUGGCACUUGUCUUGAGCGUUAAAUGUAGGAAUAUGGCCUUAAUUCAUUUUUCUGAACAAAUUUUAAAAAGUUCAUAAUAACCUUAGUAUAAACUUGAAAGCAACAUAGACAAAAAUAGACAAACAUAAAGAAACAUAGGUAAAAUGGUAAUGAAAGCAGUCAAAAUGGUGAUGAAAGCAGUCAAAAUACUGAUAUGAACAUUUGUCAUAAUCAAAAUUGUAUUUAUUUUAUUUAUGUAGUCAGGAUAAUCACUGAAUCCUUAAAUUUACAAACAUUGAUCUUACAUGUGAAAGAAAAAUUGACAAAAAUCUUUGUUUCACCACUAAACUCUAUGGUUGCACACAAAUGUAUACAGGUGUACCAACAUUCACUAUGAACUGCUAUAGUUAGUUAGUUAGUGAUUAUUUCAAUGCUCAAGGUGUCAGGAACUAAAUAAGUGACGUUAUACCAGAUUUACUAGUAUUACUUUAUUCAAGGGAUCUUAUUUUGUAAAAAAAAACAAAUACAAAUUAUUAAUAAAUUAAUACUUUGCUCAAUAAGAAUUGCUUGGUAAUUUACCAACUUAUUAACAAUUUUAACAGAAGAUUAGUAAAUGUCACUUAUUUAAUGUGUCAUCUGUCAUGUGACUCGCUGUCAAAGAAAUCUAUGGGCGUAGCCGAAGGGAUAAAUAGGGAUUUCUCAUAAGUAAGUUAAGUAAUUAAUUUUUAAAUUGUGGUGUUUGAAUAUUAUUUGAGUUUCGAUUCGAUAUUUCACCUUGUAAUGGCGCCAAUCAUCAAAUUAAGUAUAGAACGUUAAUUCUGUUUUAAAAUAAGACUAUUUAUCUGCCAGGUUUAUUAUAGUGACAGAAAAUUUCCAUAGAUACAAAAAGUAGAAUAAUUGCGAAUUAUAACAGCAGGGAACGUGAUCUUUCAUCUGUAUAAUUAUUUCGUUAUCAUUUUAAACCGCAUUUUGGCUUGUACUUGUAUUCUUAAUCCUUGAGUAUUUUUAAUGUCGUAUAGAAUUCAAGAGUUAGAAUACGAGUUUAGGCACUCCUUUAAUUAUUUUGUUUGGUUUUUGUUUCGACUAAAAUGUUAAAUUAAGACAAAUUUGAAUUAAAUCUUUUACUCAUAACGACACCAAAUAAAACAUCCUGCUACUCGCACAAGGAGCACAAUGUUACUGUAAAUAGAAAUCAGUGCCAAUUAAAACUAACCAUUUUGAUAUAUUUUCUAAUGUAUUGCUAUAGCUCAUCGUUAAUGACCAAUGUAUUUAAUGUAUUAGGAGUAAUAGAAAACAAAUAAAAUUAAACUGGUUACAACGUUCCGUUUUGCUUAUUCUAUUAUAUGGAGAGAGCUGAAAAUGUCAUUAAUCAAUGUCAAAAUUUGAGUCUAAUUCAACAGUGUCUUCGCGGGAAUAGUCUUGUAUUAUGUUAUAAUACCAACAUGUAUUUAAAUUCAUUUUAGUUUCCUAUGAUCGCAUACGGUUCUAUAAUUAUUUUGUUUUGUAUUUUACUUGGUUACUUAAUAUUGCAAAUAAAAUGUAAUGAUAAA